UAGUGUGUUUUCACGUGACGUCACAGAACGGAUGUCCGCCAUUGUGGAGGUAUCGGGCGUUCCAGUUGACCUGUGUUGGCGUGUAACCUCAAGCAUUUAAAUUUGAAUAGCAAUGGUUAACUAUUGUCGAGUGGUUGGCUGCCACAAUAGAUCCGAUAGAGAAACACAAUUAAUGUAUUAUAGACUACCCAAGGUGAUAAAAAGCCAAGGAAAAGACUGGGAAAACCUGACUAGCGAGCGAAGACGACUGUGGUUGCAAUGCCUUCAACAGAAUUUUGAUGGAAAAAACUUGGAAAACAUUCGAGUGUGCUCCGCUCAUUUUAUCACAGGACAGAAAGCUGAGCUUUUUCAGAAGGACAAUCCUGACUGGAUUCCAUCUGUGAACAUGGUUUGUCAUAAACCAAAAGAUGAAAAGUCAGCCGUAUCACCAGCUGUUACCCGCUUCAAACGCCGACAGAACAGAUCCCAGAAAAAGGUGGAAUCAGAAGUUACAGCAGCAGAGGCAUUACCACCUCCAGACACCACAGAGGAACCACCCUUAGAAGAUGGCAAGGAGGUACAAACUGAUGUUACGGGACCGUUGAUGGCAUCCAUGAUGGAUGAAUUACAAACUUUAAGAACUGAAAACCGUGCACUUACUUUACAAGUUCAGAAUACUGUACAUAAGUAUGAUAAGAGCUUUUUUGAGGGUAAGCCUGAGAAAGUGUUGCUUUAUACAGGAUUUCCAACAUUUCAAAUUUUAUUGACAUUGUUUGUGUAUUUGGAACCAUUUCUACCCACCAAGAAGUCACUUAACAAAUUUGAGAUGUUGAUAUUAACUUUAAUGAGAUUAAGGUUGAAUGUCACUGCCUCAUUUUUAGCAUAUGAAUUUAAUGUUUCCCUUUCGACUGUAUCAAGGGUGUUGAUUGAUGUCAUUGAUGUAAUGUUUGUACGAAUGAAGCCUCUUAUUAUUUGGCCAUCACGAGAAAACCUACGUAAAACAAUGCCAAUUCAGUUUAGAAAAUAUUUUGGUACAAAAAUGUGUUGUAAUCAUUGA